AGACAACAUGCAGCCUCAUGAGGAAAAACUGGAACAGAAGGCCUCAGAAACUGAACCAGCAAUGGCACUUCCAGUACUAAUAAAAGGCAGUACAGAUGGACCAGAAGACUGUGUACAUUUACAAAAAGAAGAACUACCAAAGGCCUCUGUAACAAAAGGCAAUGAUGUGUCUUUGUCUGCUGAAGACUCAAAAGAAAAUAUAAAUUAUAUUCAACAAAUUAACACAACUGUGACACAGCAGAAACAGUCUAAACAAAAAGACAGUGGACCAAGAAUGACCAAAAGAUUCCUGAAGGAUCACUGCAAACAGCAAAAGCUCUAUCUGACUCCUUAUCUGAAUGACACACUGUAUCUUCACUAUAAAGGCUUCAUUGCUAUUGAAAACCUGGAGGAAUAUACUGGACUGAAGUGUCUGUGGUUGGAAUGCAAUGGUCUUCAGAAAAUUGAGAACCUUGAGAACCAGUCCAAAAUGCGAUGUCUGUUUCUACAUCAAAAUUUGAUUCAGAAGCUGGAAAACCUUGAGCCGCUUAAAGAUCUGGAUACUCUUAAUGUCUGUAAUAAUUACAUACAGACAAUUGAAAAUCUAUCCUGUUUAACAAUCCUAAGCAGUCUCCAAAUGGCCCAUAACCAAUUGCAAACAAUAGAGGAUAUUUCACAUUUGAAGGAGUGCCCAAGCAUCAGCAUUCUUGAUCUUUCAUACAACAAACUGAACGAUCCCAAAAUAUUUGAAGUCCUUGAAGCUAUGCCAAAUCUGAGAGUCUUAAAUUUGAUGGGCAAUGAAGUAACGAAAAAGAUUGCAAAUUACAGGAGGACUGUGACAGUACGACUGAAGCACCUCACAUUUUUGGAUGACAGGCCAAUAUUUCCUAAGGACAGGGCCUGUGCCGAAGCCUGGGCCUCAGGGGGAUGGGAAGCCGAGAAAGAAGAGAGACAAAAAUGGGAGACAAGGGAGAGGAAAAAGAUUCAAGACAGCAUCGAUGCCCUGGCUGCUAUUCGGAAGAAAGCUGAGGAGAAAAGACAGCUUGAAGGAAAUCAGGAGGAUGCACAUCCAGUGGUCAGCAACCAUUGUGAUGAAGACAUAAAUGAUGUCCCAGAGAGCCCUGCUGAUGCUACGUCCCAAAACAAAAUUGCACGUUUUGUGAAUGAGACCAUGGAGGCCCAUGAGGAGUUUCUUGCACAAAUAGCAGAAGAGAAAAAUGUAAAAGCCCCUAAUAAAGAGGAGAAAGCUUCCAAAGAGUCUGACUCUAUUGUUAUCUUGGAUGAUCUUAGAAGAGAACCAACAGAAAAUAAUUCUGUAUUUGCUACUUCUGGUGCUUUGGUCACAGAACUUGACAAAACCGAAGCACUGGAGACCAUCAGGCUGGAUCCGCAGCCAACGAUUUGCCUUGAUGAUCUGCCAGAUUUGGAAGAGGUUGAUGAGAAUGAAUUUUUUGCUGAAGAGUUCUUCUCUUCAAAGAAUAGAGAAAAUGAGAUCACCGCAUUUAGAAAUGAAGAACUUCAAAGUGCUUGGACAAAGACUGAAAAGGAGUCGGGAAAGAGGCUGAUUGAAGAGAUACCAUCACCACAAGAGGAGCCAAAUCAGGUCUUGGACUCAGAAAUACCAGCCUUUAAAACAGAACUGGCUAUGAUGGAUACCCUAGAAAAAAGUGAAAUUACAAGUAACGCAGAGGCCCUCAUGGCAAAACCUUCAUCUCACAUCCAGUUGUGCGACGUUGCCGAUCUCUUGGAAACCCCAGGAGGAAGAGGAGAGCAUAAGGCGCAAGGCAGAUGUCUAAUAGAAGAGCUGGAUUAAAGGCCUUUCCUUUGUCAUCCAAUUUAUUAUAAACCAGAUGUUUAAAUUUGGUUUCUGACAAUUUAUUGGCAUACUUCUUAAGAAAAAUUACCAUUGAUGUCUAUUUCCUGCCUUUGAAUAAGUGCUAUUAAUAAAACCGAACCAAAACAGUAUAGAGUGCAGUCGUUUGGCUGAAAUAAAGAGGUGUAGGGGCAGCGUGGUGGUGCAGCUGGCAGUGUUGUACCCUCGCAGCCUCAGAGUCCGAGUCUGAGUCAGUGGGGUAAAGACACGCCUGUCGCUGCUCACUGGCCACUUCUAAGUGUCGGAGUGCACGGUGACUCCUACACAAAGAUUCCUGCCUUGUAACCACUACUGCUGGUUAGGCUCCUGUUCCUCACAACCCAUACCAAACUAGGACCUCAAGAGAAUUUGGGGAUAAAGGUAAUGGCUGCCUUUAAUAGGCUAAAAGGACGUAGUCUGUUCAGGC